AUGUGGGCUGGCCCGGAUUUCCAUGUUCUGUGCUUCUCAUCUGCUUCUUCCACGCAGAACCCUCUGCCUUCCUUGUCAUCGUUCCUGCCAUCAACAUAUGCAACGCCACCAGCAGCAGCAGCAGCAGCAGCAGCAGCAGCAGCAGCAGCAGCAGCAGCAGCAGCAGCAACCGCAGCCGCAGCAGAAGCGCCGGCAGCAGCAGCAGCAGCAGUAGCAGCAGCAGCAGCAGCAGAAGCGCCUGUAUGUUCCCCUCCUGUUCUCAACCCCAUUCUCCAUCUCUCAAACCACUCUGCUACCAUCACUCACCACCCCUUAAUUCCCAAUUCCUCUUCGUCUUCUCCCUCCCCCCCCCCCCUCCCCUCUCUCUCGCACCCUCCUUUUCUACUCCCUCCUGCAGCGUCUAGUCGCGCACAAGCCUAUCAUGACACGCCAAGCAGCCCGGACCCGGUCAACACCAGCCACAACAGAAGCCGCAGCGACGUCCCGUCCCUCCCGCCGCUCAACGCCCUCUCGUUCUUCCUCCAGCACCCGGCCUUUGCAUUUGCCUCUGCGGGCGGGUUCGAAGAGAGGAACGAAGAGAGGAACGAAGAGAGGAACGCGGAGCAUCACGGAGACCUGGCAGAGGGAUCUGAAGGGCCAGGAUCCGCAGCCAGAGCAGCAGCAAACGCAUCAGGCACCGUGAAUGAUUCACGGAACAUUCCAUCUAUCUGGCACUGGCAGCAACACAGGGAGCAGCAGCAGCAGCAGCAGCAACACAGGGACCAGCAGCAGCAGCAGCAGCAGGAGGAGGAGGAGGCGGAGGAGGAGGAGGCGGAGGAGGAAAGAGAGAGGAGGCAGGUGAGCAGGGUACAGUGGAAGCACCACCGCCAUGCACCAGGCACGGAUGGGAACCUUCAAUUGGAUCAACACAAUGACUGGCACUCCAGCCAUCACAGCAGACCCGACCGUCAGGAAAUCUAUUCUCACGGCAGAGGCAGAGAUCAGUAUGACAGCAAGGAAGAGCAGAGCGUGGGUGGAGAGAAGAGGAGAGCGUGGGUGCAGAGAAGAGGAGAGCGUGGGUGCAGAGAAGAGGAGAGCGUGGGUGCAGAGAAGAGAAGAGUGUGGGUGCAGAGAAGAGGAGAGCGUGGGUGCAGAAAAGAGAAGAGCGUGGGUGCAGAGAAGAGCAGAGCGUGGGUGGAGAGAAGAGAAGAGAGUGGGUGCAGAGAAGAGGAGAGCGUGGGCGGAGAGAAGAGGAGAGCGUGGGUGCAGAGAAGAGCAGAGCGUGGGUGCAGAGAAGAGCAGAGCGUGGGUGCAGAGAAGAGCAGAGCGUGGGUGCAGAGAAGAGCAGAGCGUGGGUGCAGAGAAGAGCAGAGCGUGGGUGCAGAGAAGAGCAGAGCGUGGGUGCAGAGAAGAGCAGAGCGUGGGUGCAGAGAAGAGCAGAGCGUGGGUGCAGAGAAGAGCAGAGCGUGGGUGCAGAGAAGAGCAGAGCGUGGGUGCAGAGAAGAGCAGAGCGUGGGUGCAGAGAAGAGCAGAGCGUGGGUGCAGAGAAGAGCAGAGCGUGGGUGCAGAGAAGAGGAGAGCGUGGGUGCAGAGAAGAGCAGAGCACACCAUGCUCUAGCAGCCUCAGAUUCACCUGAAGGGAUGCGCAUUGGUGAUGGUAGGCGGACUGCUCGUAUCCGGGCUGCACAUGAUGCCACUGCUGCCAUUGCUGCCGCUGCUGCGGCUGCUGCUGCUGCUGCUGCUGCUGGUGAUGAUGCUGGUGGUGCCGAUGCUGGAGGUGGUGGUGGUACGCAACAGCUGCUGCAGCAGAAGCAGCAGCAGCAGAAUCAUCAUCAGCAGCAGCAUCAUCAUCAUCAGCAGCAGCAGCAGCAGCAGCAGCAGCAGCAGCAGCAGCAGCAGCAGCAGCAGCAGCAGCAGCAGCAGUGGUGGUGGCAGCAGCAGCAGCAGGAGGGGGAGGAUUGGGAGGAGGAUUUGGGGGUGGAGGAGGAUUUUCAGGAGGAUGAUGACCGUCUGAUGCCCUCUUCCCUUACAAGGAACGCUUCCCAGCUGCUUGCUGCUUCCACCGCUCCUGCUACUCAUGCUGCGCCUAUGCGUCCACCUUCUCGUGCGGCAGCAAGUGGGACUGCUCCUGCUGCUUCAGCUUCUGCUGCUACUGCGGGUCGUGUGAGCUGCAGUGCAGGUGCCAGUGGUGGUGGUAUGAUCAGCACACAGAGUAACAGGCAUCGGUGGUGGCUGGAUGGGGAGGAGGCUAGAGAUCGGAUGGAGGAGGAGGGGGAGGAGGAGGGGGAGGAGGGGGAGGAGGGGGAGGAGGGGGAGGAGGAGGGGGAGGAGGAGGAGGAGGAGGAGGAGGAGGAGGAGGAGGAGGAGGAGGAGGAGGAGGGGAAGGGAGUGAGAGAGGGGGAGGGGGAGGGGGAGGGGGAGGGGGAGCUGGAGGGGGAGGGGGAGGGGGAGGUGGUGGGGCGAACAAAGGGGGAGCACCUAGAGCAGGAUGGGGAGCAGUAG